AUGUCUGUAACCACCUUUUUUAUUAUUACUUUAUUACCUGCAAUUAAUUGUUUUCUUGUCGAAACCAGCUAUGGAUGGCUGGAAGGAACGUCGAUUCAAUCGAGCGAUAACAUUGCAUGUUGGAUGUUCAAGGGAAUACCCUUCGCACAACCUCCAGUAGGAGAACUGAGAUUCAAACUCCCUGUACCUCCAAAGCCAUGGAAAGGAACGAGAAAGGCGACGGAGUACAGCGCUGCAUGUUUGAGCAACUCUUCACUGUCUAGCUAUCAUCCAGAAUAUAUGAGUGAAGACCGCCUCUACACGAAUAUAUUUGUGAGCGAAGGAUGUCUGUUGAGGAAUGUAUCCUGUCCAGUCAUAUAUUACAUUCACGGAGGCAGUUUAAGUUACGACUCUGCUGUCAUGUUUAAUGAUCAAUACAUAACGGAUCGAUACUCAUCAAAAGACGUUGUAUUUGUCAUUUCCGCUUUCCGACUUGGAUUUUUUGGUGUGUUGGCCUUUGAGAACGACUAUGUAGUGCCGAGAAAUCUCGCACUCUAUGAUGUUAUCGCUGGACUUGAAUUCAUACACAAUGAAGUAGCAGCUUUUGGUGGUAAUCCAAGCCAGGUGACGAUAAUGGGACACUCCCAGGGUGGCAGUACAGCCAUGGUACUGGCCGUAUCGAGCCUUGUAGAUCCUGAUAAACGUUUGUUUCAACAACUCGUCGCGUUUAGUCCUGCACUGAAUUAUCGCGACAUAAAAGGUCGCGCGGAUCUAACUUGGAGAUUGGCCCACGAAGUUGGAUGCGCCAACUCAACAAAACGCUCUCAUCCUAUGCCCUUAUUGGAGACAGAACGACUUGUCGAUUGUUUGCGAUCUGUCGACGCCUUCGAUCUGCUAGCCCGGCAACGGUCGUUAGAAGAUAAUGAAGGGUUGCUGUUCGAUGGUCUCUUGUUUGCUCCACCUUUCGUAAAGGAAGGCGCUCUCUUUCAAGACUUUUUAUCAAACUGCACUCCGAGGCCAAUGAUAUGUAGCUCAACACGCUAUGAGUUUAACUAUGAGCUCAACGAUGAAAUGUACGAUAUCGGCGCUUUUCUUACGGUAACUCAUCCUGUCGAAGUGCGACGGAAGUAUUUCGAGGACAAAAAUUCAGGAAAGUUCAAUGAUUCUUAUCUCUCACAAGUGGUAUUUACCCUCAAUGUCAUUUUUGGAUCGAUAUUUGCAGAGAAUGGAUCUAAUGUUUAUUUACUGGAGUACGACCAGGCACCACUUCCUUUUCACGGAGCUGAUAUGCCUUUUUUCAUAGGAAGACACAUGCGAAAUUUUGACAAAAAUGAACAAAUCAUCGACAAGUUCUACGGAAGAAGUCUUCUAAACUUUGCAUAUGGAAAGAGGCUCUGCAAAGAGUGGUCUCCAUUCCAUCCGACCAUUCGCAACUACUAUUCUGUGGAAAUUAAUAGAGGGAAUGGUCUGUAUUCUAGCAACAAGCUGAAUUACCAUUCUGCAGUUGUGGAUUACUGGUUACAUAAUAUCACACUAUUCGACAGCACAGUCCCAAAAAACGUACAACUCGACAUCAUAGGCACUGUGUCGAACCCUUCGUUUCUGCGCACCGCUAUGACUUCUAUACUUUUUGUGUGUGGUGUUGUUGUGCUUUCGACUGCACUAAUGGCUCUUUGUUCUUACCUAACACCUCGAGAUCCACCGAAUCAUGAACGUGUUCCGCUAGUGACCCAUAAAAUAUCAGAAGUACAACGUAAAAAUAUUUGUGUGAUUGUACCUGCACUGUCAACUCGUUGCUUUAAGCCAUUUCAAAUGGAAGUAUUGCCAGAGCCUAUGGCCUCAAACUUCACUCCGUUAGGUAGUACAGAGGAAGUGCUGUGGUUUUCAACGGGUUCCACGAAGAUGAAUUGCUGGUUAUUAGGAUUAAUGCGAUUGACCAAAUGUGUUAUUGCCGGCACACGUAACAUUCCAAGCUGUGUUGCAACUGUCCACGAUCCAUAUAAAAGCAAGACCCUAUAA